AAAUAGAGAGCGAGACCUCGACAAGCGUACGGAGCUAAAGAGACAGGAAGAAGAAAGGAAGCCAUCUUGGUUCCACUUUGACAUGAUCGUUUUUCUCCCGCCUUAAAAGGUCCAAACACUGGAUGAAAGUCUAGUUUAGACCGGCCUGAAAGAGGAACCACUGAAAAAGCGUAACUGAAAGGCUUCUGCGGUAAAGGGGGGACACGCAGGAUGAGCGGCGGCCGAAUGCCAUCUCGGUCUGAGGUCAUGGAGUGGAGCCCUCAGCAACUGGCCGACUACCUGAGGAAGAUGAAUCUGUCAGACUGUGAUAGAACUGUUUUGAAGAACUCCAUCAACGGAAAGCGAUUUGUGAACUUGAGUGAGAAUGACCUGCUGAAAUUCCCUAAACUUCUAACACCUAUGAUUUUCAAACUGAGUGCUGACAUCAGCAAAAACGAAGAAAAACGAGGCCUGUUUGGUAAAAUAAGCAUGACGCCUAAAUUUCAUGAACCAGUUUGUGAUGUUCAAAGUUCAGGUGACAAUCAUUCUGACGAUGACGCCAACGAUUACGAGAACCCCGAUGACGAGGACAGCAACAACAGCGAUUACGAGAAACCUGACGACGACGUGAUCCGGCAUUACGAACUGCCCCCCUCGGAACGGCCGGGGGAUUUAUUGGCGCACAAGCUGCGCGAUGCAGUCAACCUCAAAGACAGCCAAUACAUCGACACGAGGAAUAAAAGCGAGUCGUCCAGGGAUGCGCCCCCUGCUGUUUGUCCGCGCCCACCUGUACCAUCACUAUCAGCAGUAAAUCCUAGUCGAGAGCGCUCACCACAAUUUUCUAGACGAUGUUCCGAGAAGUUGCUUCCGGGACCGCCGAAAAUCUUCCGCAGCAACAAGCCGGGCCGCAAUUCCUCUCCUAUUCGAGGUCCCAAUUUAGCAGAGAAGCCAAGUGUACCCUCGCAAAGGUCCAAACCUCUGGUCCCACCUCCUUCCUCCUCAACCUCCAUCGGCAGAAGCAACUCCUCUGUCAGGCCUUCAAACAAUGAUACAUCAAAAUUCAACACCUUCCCCUUCAAUAAGACUCUGCCUCCCCGCCCCAAACCUCCAAGGCGCCCUGCAGACAGUUUGCCUCCUAGCGUUGGAUCACAGCCUUUCACUGUCUCCUCUGCUCCUGAUAUUGAAGGCUGGGAUGAUGACGAGUUUGAUGAUGACGACGACUACGAGAAUCAAAGCAUCAGCGAUGAGGACGAGGCGCCGAAUGACGAUGGGAGUUACGAACCGCCUCCCACGGAACCCUCGGAGGACCUGCCUCACAAGCUGUUUCCGGCUCUGCCAUGCGGAGAUGGCGAUUACAUCGACAAUAGGGACAGGGACUGCAGAGGCCCACCACCAGCAGUGAGUCCUCGCCCACCAGUUUCUCCACUUCCAACCCUUGCGCCUCGCUUGCCGAGUGAGUCUCCAUCCGGUCGAGAUCCUCCGCUGCCAGGGAAACGGCCCCCUCAAAUCUUCCGUGGCAACAAACCGGGUCGAAACAUGUCUCCCAUUCGCGGUACCAACACUGAAGAGAGGCCGCCUGCACCCUCUCGAAGGCCUCCGGCGGACGCUCCGGAACCCCCCGCCAGGCCCAGGCAUCUCGGAGGCCCGCCUCCCUCGUCGGUCAGUGUCAGUAGAAGCAACUCUUCCGUCACGCCUUCUCUUCCAAACAGGUUUGAAGGAACGAGAGGGCAAACAAACAGUGACGCACCCAAACACAACACGUUCCCGCUGCGCCACAAAAAUCUGGCGCCACACUCGGCACCUCCCAGUCGCCAUGGAGACAGUUUACCUCCUGGUGCCACUCCUUUUGGGUCGCUGCCUCUUAAUACUCAUCCCGAUAACAGUAGCAACCGCUUUCGUCCUCCACCACAAAACCCUCCAUCCAAACAGGGCAUGGACCCUCGCUGGUAUGUUGGUAAAAUGAGCAGGGGCCAAGCUGAAAGUUACUUGAAACAAGUCAGCAAGGACGGGGCGUACCUAGUGCGGGACAGUUCGCAAAAGCAGUCCAACCAGCCGUACACCCUGAUGGUCCUCUUCAACAACAAAGUUUUCAACAUUCAAAUCCGCCACAAGGAUAAAAAAUUUCAACUCGGGACAGGACUAAAGGCCCAGGAGUCCUUCCCCUCAGUGUGUGACAUCAUCAAAUAUCACUCCCAGUGUCAUCUACUGCUCAUUGAUGCCAAGAACCGCUCCUCGGGCCAACAGAAUCAGUGUCUGCUGUCGGAGCCAGCGGGAAUUUACAUGACCGAAAGCCUGUGAGACCUUCCAAAUACUUUGGACUCAUGCUGGUCCAAAUUGGUUCAAUUGUUGCCUUAUUUUUCCUGGGAAACAAGCCGUCUCUUUGUAAUCAUUAUGAUUUUAUUUUUUGAUGAUAGACGCCCAAAAAUGUAGCGUCCAAUCAUACUUCUACUAUGAAUUUAAUGAGUUUAUCAUUAGGAGACGUCCGAUCCAUUUGAAGUGGGAGGGCUCCCUUUUCAAAUGGAUUGGACGUCUGUUGCCGUCAAUGGCAGUCAAUGAAUUUUAAAAAAAAGACAAUAUUGUAAUUACAAUGUUAGAACAUUUACAACUAUUAUUACACUGGUAAACAAUUUUCAGUUGCAUGAAUAUGUUUUAACUGAUUAUUUACUAUUUCUGAUCGCUGAUAUAAAAUCCACCAUCAGAUUUUUCUGCGUGGUUUCGUUUUCAUACAACUAGGAUUUUGGAUUUUCUUAUUUUAGUGGUCUUUCAUACAGAUUAUUCAUAUACCGUAUUUUCUACAAUAUACGACGCAUCAGAGUGUAAAGGCAAAACUUCAAUGAAUGGCUUAUUUCAAACUUUUCAAGUACUGUAUACAGUGCUGGCCAAAAGUACUGGCACCCCUAUAUAUCUGUCAAAUAAUGCUCAAUUUCUCUCAGAAAAUCGAUGCAAUUACAAAUGCUUUGGUAGUAAUAUCUUCAUUUAUUUUGCUUGCAAUGAAAAAACACAAAAGAGAAUGAAAAAUAAAUUGCAAAAUUUGUUGGUAGUCGUCAGACUUCAUAAUGCCAUGCACAAGGUCAAGCAGUCCAGUCCCAGAGGCAGCAAAGCAACCCCAAAACAUCAGGGAACCGCCGCCAUGUUUGACUGUGGGGACCGUGUUCUUUUCUUUGAAGGCCUCGUUUUUUUUCCCUGUAAACUCCAUGUUGAUGCCUUUUCCCAAAAAGGUCUACUUUUGUCUCGUCUGACCAGAGAACACUCUUCCAAAACGUUUUUGGCUUUCUCAGGUUAGUUUUGGCAAACUCUGGGCUGGCUUUUUUUAUGUCUCUGGAUCAGAAGUGGGGUCUUCCUGGGUAUCCUACCAUAGAGUCCCUUUUCAUUCAGACGCCAACGGAUAGUAGGACACUUGACACUGUUGUACCCUCGGACUGCAAGACAGCUUGAAAUUGUAAUCUUUCGUUGAAAUCUCUCGUCAAUUUGAGAUUGCCCAUGCUUUCUCACAAUUUUGCUUCUCAAGUUCUCAGACAGUUCUUUGGUCUUUCUCCAUGCUCAAUGUGGUGGACACAGGACAGAGGUUGAGUCAACUUUAAUCCGUUUUUACUAGCUGCAAGUGUGAUUUAGUUAUUGCCACCACAGGUAAGUAACAGGUACUGUUAAUUACACAAAUUAGAGAAGCAUAACAUGAUUUUUCAAAGGGUGCCAAUACUUUUGUCCGGCCAAUUUUUGGAGUUUUAUUGUAAAAAAGAUAAUGAUUUUUUUUUUUUUUCCAUUCUCUUUUGUGUUUUUUCAUUGCAAGCAAAAUAACGCCAUUUGUGUGACGGUUUUAAAACUUUCAUCAUUUAAAGAUUCAAGUCAAGAUUUUGCCGAUUUAGGAGUAUUUUAGAUAAAAAGUUACUUAGGUUUGCUCGGCAGGUUAUGGCGUUAUUAGUAACGCAGUUAUACUCUAAUGCCGUUAUUAACAACACUGCUUGGGACCCAUGUUGAUUUCUCUCCCAAGGAAAUCUUGCGUGCUGCCGUCUUGCAGGAAAACAAUGAAAUAGCGACACUGUUGUAAAUCGUCGUAUUUCUAGCAUGUCGUCAUGUGUCAAGACGAAUGACGAGUCCAAUUUUAAGUCGGAUGUUGAAAGGAUCGUAUGUCGAGGUCCCACUAUAUAAGGUGCACUGUUGGCUUUUGAGAAAAUGUAAGGCUUUUAGUUGGGCCUUAAUACAAUACAGUAUUUUCAACCAAUACCAGUUUUUAGUCUUUUGCAUUGUUCUACACAUUUUUCAGAAUGGUUGUCAACAUUAUCAUAGUUGACUGAUUUUCACAUACUGGGGGAUUUUUGCAGCAGUGUAGUAAAGCACAUGUGGCAUUGUCCCUUUAGUUGGUCUCCUGUGUCUGCAGGUUUCUAAAACAUAGCAUAGUAGGUACAGUGGUAUGAAAAAGUAUCUGAAC